AGUAAGAGAAAACCCCUCCUGCCUGCCUACCUUGAGCUGGGACAUAGGUUUUUUCCUUAUUUUGGACUCCACAUGAACCACUGGCUCUUCUUGGGUCUUGAAUUUGCUUGCUCUUGGACUAGAACUUACACUACUGACUCUGUGGUUCUUGGGCCUUGGUCUCGGUCUGGAACCACACUGCCAGACCUCCUGGGUCUCCAGCUUACUUGCUGGCUGUGGAUCUUAGGACUUCUCAGCCUCCAUGAUUAUAUUUGUAUCUAAGAAUUAUGCAUAUAUCACUUGGGUUCACAAGCCUUCAAUGAUCGCAAAAGAAUAGAGUCAAGCAUUUGAGUCCGUCUACGUGCAGAAAGCCUCUCCUGAGCCUCUCAUCUUGAUUCCCUACCUGGCAUGUCCACUUUCAACAGUUCCGAAGUGGCAAUCUCUACCUUCUUCCUGAUUGGGAUCCCAGGGUUGGAACAUGCUCACAUUUGGGUCUCCAUCCCCAUUUGCCUCACAUAUCUCAUUGCCAUCCUGGGGAACUCUACCAUUUUGUUUUUUAUAAAAACAGAGCCUUCUCUGCAUGAACCCAUGUAUUACUUUCUUUCCAUGUUGGCCCUCUCUGACCUGGGAUUGUCUCUCUCCUCUCUCCCUACCAUGCUAAGGAUAUUCUUGUUCAAUGCUCCAGAAAUUUCCCCUGAUGCCUGUAUCACUCAAGAGUUUUUCAUUCAUGGAUUCUCAGCUAUGGAGUCAUCAGUACUUCUCAUCAUGUCUUUUGAUCGCUUUAUUGCCAUCUGCAAUCCUUUGAGAUACACCUCCAUCCUGUCUAGUGCCAGAGUCACCAAAAUUGGGCUUGCUUUUUCUCUCAAAAAUGUUUUGUUGAUCCUCCCUUUCCCUGUCACUCUAAAAUAUCUAAAAUACUGUAAGAAGAAUCUCCUUUCCCACUCCUACUGCCUCCAUCAGGAUGUCAUGAAGCUGGCCUGUUCUGACAACAGGGUCAAUGUCAUCUAUGGCUUAUUUGUGGCUCUCACAGGUAUCCUAGACUUAACAUUUAUUUUUGUGUCCUACGUGUUGAUACUGAAAGCAGUGUUGAGCAUAGCAUCACAGAGGGAAAGGCGUAAGGUCCUCAAUACAUGCAUUUCCCACAUCUGUGCUGUGCUCAUUUUCUAUGUGCCCAUUAUGUCCCUAGCUGUUAUUUACCGGUCUGCCAAGCACAGUUCCCCAAUCAUUAGGAUCCUCAUGGCUGAUGUGUUCCUUUUGGUACCUCCAUUGAUGAACCCCAUUGUAUACUGUGUGAAGAGCCAGCAGAUAAGAAAUUUGGUCUUAGGAAAGCUGUGUCAGAAACACGGUUGACAGGGAUUCUGAACUACAGUGAAAACCCAAUCAGUAAAUGACAUAGAACAAGCAGAAUGAAUCAAUAAGGAAUCAUACCAUAUAUUAUGAUGAUAUCAUCUCUCAAUAUGUUUAUUAACAUUAAAGAAUCAGCCUUGCAGAUUUGUUGGUUUAGGAUUUAGGAUUUUGGAUUAGAGCUUUUACAGAAACAUAAAAUAUCUAUGGUUCCACUUUCACCCAGCUUGCUUUAUUAGCCUUAUGAACACGACAUAUGCUUGAUAUGUUCAUCAUGUUUAAAGUAUUAUUCUGUGUGUUUAUUUGAAAAUUAACAGUAUACAUUUAUAUGACAACUGGAUAGUGAUCAGAAGUGACAGAAGAUUGCCUCUUCUUUAAAAAUAUCCCUCUUCAACACAUAGUUUUCCCUUUUAUUCAACUUAAGUUGAAAUGGGCAGUGACUUGCACACAUGGAUCCAAUGUCACAAAUAUGUACACAGGCAGAGGGUACAAAAUGGCACAAAUUUCAUUCAUUCAUUCAUUUCAAUAUUUCCUUCUGAGCUUUAAAUAUCACUUUAUAAGUUAUGCAUGGCAGAAAGUUUCCUUCUUACAUGUUUCUAUGGGAGUUCUACCUAAUGCCAUAACUCAUUAUCCUGUAUGUGAUUUGUCUCUCUCCCGUGUGCAAGAAUGUAAAUCCAGCUGAAGACUAAUUCACAAAAAAAAAAAAUUUGUGAAAAAGAUAAAAACACAAAGUUGUAAUUUUUUUUAAUGCAGAGGUAAAAUGAACAUCCAUUAACCAUCUUAUUUAACUCAUUUUAAUGACAGAACCUUGCAAAUGAUACAACCAAUUCAAAGGGACUCCAUAUAAAAGAUACAUUUCUAGAUAGGAAUGUUGACCUUAAUUUGCAAAUGAAUAUAAAUAUGGCUUCUUCCACCUUGUGGGACACAUACUAGUUGGAAGGAAUUUAUAUGCAUGAUUACUACCACCAUGAGUUACUUUGAUUGCUACUAGUAUCUGCAACUUAACAGAGUUGGAAAACAGCUGAAAAGCUGUGAAAACACAGAAUCCCCACAUAAUCAGAAUCAGAUAAUCCACGAGGGUAUACUCUAAACAAUUCAUAGUUUUUUACUGGGCACACACUUUUCCCUAUAGUGUGCCCCAUUUUAAUAGAAUAAAAUUUCAAAGAAGGAUUAUUCUUGCCCACAAGAUAAACCUAACCUUGUUAGAUUUGACCUCAUUAUUUACACAUGCAGAAAAAAUGUUAAUUUAUCAGAUGGAUCUUCUUAAGUUUGUAAUACUGGAGAUUUCCAUAGAGAAUCUCAGACUGGAUGUUUAAAAGCUGCCAUUAUAUGCUAUAUCUAAGAUAGGGAGCUAUAACUAAGUACCUGUCUCCAUCCUUCAAGCACCUAUAUAUUUUGGCAAUAUUUUCUUUUCUCAAACUCUUCCCCAAACCCCAGUAUUUGGCUUACUGUGGAAAUCACUUCCUACUACCUCUAAGGGCUAGACUGUAAGCCAAGUAACAGGCUAAUUUACAUAGGAUGGUUUUGUCAGCACAAACUCUAUAAAGUUAGCUUUAGUUCCUUAAAAGCAACCAGUCAUACUUGAUUAAAUGAGCAACAUUCUCAAAUAUGACAUUCUAGGAAAGGCCCUGGCUACAUAACCAAUUUUUCAAAUUGCAUCCUGGUUUAAAAGAGGACAGGUUCUUAUUAUACAUAUGCAAAUAACAUGCCAUGAAAAGCAAAGAUACUCGAGAGUUUCUGAACUCUGAGGAUUCGAUGAGAAUCAGCUAUAACAAAAAUGUUUCAUUUCAGUUAACAAAAUCAGAGUCUACUAGAUAAUUAUGAGUUGGAAAUAGCUUGACAGAAAAAGAAAAGCCUCAUUAUAUAUUCAGAAAACAGGACAUAAAACAUCAACAAUAUUCUAAACAUGUACAAUGAAAUAUUACUAAUCCAUUCAUUCAGUCCUAUGCAAUUAGGUUUUAUUCCACUGGAUCUAGGGUUGUCUCCUGAAGCUAGCUAGCUAUCUAUUGACUAAAAAGAGUCUUGGAAAUCGCUACUAAGCCCACUGGAAUAAUGUGAAAAUUACCCAAGAGUCUGUUCUUUGAAGUUUAAUGUACUUGGUGUAGUCCUUCACCAUGGACUGUAGCAGAGUCCUUCUCUGUUGAAGACAAAACUCCAGCCUGUUGCUUGUUGUAGAAACUUCAUGAAUGUAUCAGUCAAACAAAAACUAUCUAUUAUUUUAGGAUCAUUAAGCUAACGUAAGAGAGGAUAAAUUUAUCUUAAAAUGGCCAUUGUCAAUUUAUUAUUUUUACCA